AUUCUCAUCAAAUAUUCAUUCAAAUCCAGAAAAAUAAAAAAUCACUGGAAAAAAAAAAUCAUGGCAAUGGCAACUCAAGCAUCUCUCUUCACCCCCACCCUCUCCGGCCCCAAAUCCGGCGAUCGCGCCGCCGCGCCAUGGAAGCAGUCCCUGGCACAAUUCUCCGCCGUGAAGCCGAUGAAGGGCGCCUCCGCCGUCUCGCACCGCCCAAUCCGCGCCAUGGCCGACGAAGCUCCCGCCGCGACUAAGGAGCCGGAAGCGCCGGCCGGAUUCACCCCGCCGGAGCUCGACCCGAGCACCCCGUCGCCGAUAUUCGGCGGCAGCACCGGCGGGCUCCUCCGGAAGGCGCAGGUGGAGGAGUUCUACGUCAUCACGUGGGAAUCACCCAAGGAGCAAGUGUUCGAGAUGCCGACCGGCGGCGCCGCCAUCAUGAGGCAGGGCCCGAAUCUGCUGAAAUUGGCCCGAAAGGAGCAGUGCUUGGCCCUGGGGACCCGAUUGAGAUCCAAAUACAAAAUCAAGUACCAAUUUUACAGGGUUUUCCCUAAUGGAGAAGUGCAGUAUCUCCACCCGAAAGACGGGGUUUACCCGGAGAAAGUCAACGCGGGCCGUACCGGAGUCGGGCUUAAUAUGAGGUCCAUCGGCAAAAACGCCAGCCCGAUUGAGGUCAAAUUCACCGGCAAACAGGUUUACGACUUGUGAAAAGGUGAUAUGUGUGUUUGGUGUAAUUUGUUGUAAUAUUUGUGUGAUUAAAUGAAUUAUUAUUAGUUAUUUUGUGUUUGUUUGAUGUAUUUUGUGUAUGGUUUCAAAAAAUACUCUUGUUAUCUAUUUCAUCCCCUGAGGAUUUUUUUUUUCCUUU